ACAUCGACGACCAACAGUGAAAAUCAGUGAAAAUGAUCUUCCCGCAGCUCCUCACGCUCCUGCUCCUGGCCGUAACUGUGGCGGCCCGAUGCACCAUCCGGGAAGACACCGACUUCACUUUGACGACGUUCAACGCCACGUCCCCCAGUCUCAACAACACCUUGCUCACCGUGUCCACUCGCACCGUGGGCCCAGUGGGAAUCCACCUUCCCUCACCGCUGCUCGCGCACUUCCACGCCGGCGGGCUCUACCGCCGCGUCGUCGACCAGAAGAAGGUGUUCAUGUACCAAGGCUACCUGACCCCGGCAGGCGGCCUCGAGUUUGCGGCGCACCCCCCGGCGAACGCAGUCACGGGCCCGUUCGAGAUCGGGUGCGAUUACUAUGGAAGACACUUUUUGAGUGUCAAGGGAAAGGAUGAUUGGUCCGCUUGUAGGCUGUCGGGCUCCCCUGGAAGGUGGAAGAUCGUGAGCGGUGCAAAGAAGGACAAGGCCUGCAGUGUCCGGAUCAGGUGGCUGUGGGUGGACUACGUUCAGUAGUGAAGAAGGAAGGAAAGGGCCACGCGAGGAAAGGUGGAUAUGGAUCGCGGGGUCCGGAGGCCAGUAGGCACUUACAUACGUUACCGGGGGGUUGGGUUGGGUGCUUUACCUAGGGCAGCGAGCAUGUCGGCUAUGCUGCAAGUUAAGAAUGAUACAUCACUUUCGCGGGCUGGGAACC